CGUUGGGGAGAGCCGUCUCCGCCCUCGCCCCCGAGCUGCGAGGCUGCAGGACUGGUGCCGCAGUCGCCGCCUCGGCUACCGCGCAGCUGCCGGUCCACCUCCGCCACCGCUUAGCCGUGUUCGGAGACCGGCCGAGGAGGCUGCCGCCGCCGCCGGGAGACCGCAGCCCGCGCCCCGAGCCCGCCGCCGUCGCCCUCUUAGGGCGCCCCAGGCCGCGCCAUGGUGAAGGUGACGUUCAAUUCGGCUCUGGCCCAGAAGGAGGCCAAGAAGGACGAGGCCAAGAGCGGCGAGGAGGCGCUCAUCAUCCCUCCGGACGCCGUUGCCGUGGACUGCAAGGACCCAGAUGAAGUGGUUCCAGUUGGCCAAAGAAGAGCUUGGUGUUGGUGCAUGUGCUUUGGACUGGCGUUUAUGCUCGCGGGUGUCAUUCUAGGGGGAGCAUACCUGUACAAAUAUUUUGCACUUCAACCAGAUGACGUCUACUACUGUGGAAUAAAGUACAUCAAAGAUGAUGUCAUCUUAAAUGAGCCUUCUGCAGACGCCCCAGCCGCUCGCUACCAGACCAUUGAGGAAAAUAUCAAGAUCUUUGAGGAAGAUGAGGUUGAAUUCAUCAGCGUGCCUGUCCCAGAGUUUGCAGAUAGUGACCCUGCCAAUAUUGUUCAUGACUUUAACAAGAAACUCACCGCCUAUUUGGAUCUUAACCUGGAUAAGUGCUAUGUGAUUCCUCUGAACACUUCCAUUGUCAUGCCACCCAAAAACCUAUUGGAGUUACUUAUUAACAUAAAGGCUGGGACCUACUUGCCUCAGUCAUAUCUGAUUCAUGAACACAUGGUCAUCACUGAUCGCAUUGAAAACAUUGACCACCUGGGUUUCUAUAUUUAUCGACUGUGCCAUGACAAGGAAACGUACAAACUGCAACGCAGAGAAACCAUUAAAGGUAUUCAGAAACGUGAAGCCAGCAUCUGUGCUACGAUUCGGCAUUUUGAGAACAGAUUCGCCGUGGAAACUUUAAUUUGCUCUUGAACAGUCAAGAAAAACAUAAUGGAGAGAAAUUUAAUACCACAGCAUAACCCCACCCUUUGUAUUUUGUGCAGUGAUUAUUUUUUAAAAAAUCUUCUUUCAUGUAAGUAGCCCAUAGGGCUUCACGAUUUUUUCAUCUCAUUAACUCAAUUAAAACCAUUAUCUUUAAAAAUCUUUUUUUCUUUCCAAGUGUGGUGUCUUUUAUCUUGAAUUAGUUAUAUGAAGUCAUAGGUAAUAGUACAUUUCAUCAUAGAGCUUAGGUAUUAGGAAGUGUUUAGAUUUCAUUAAUCCAUGUACCCAAAUUUUUGUGUUUUAAUUAUGCAUUUUCAAGAAGAGAGGUUCUCUAAUAAUCACAUAGAUGCAUACGUCAAAUGGACCACAGGGACUUCCUUGUAGCUGUUGCCCUGCUACUUGGUUUGUUAGAGCAUUUUAGCACACAUUUUAAUUUUCUCCUCUACUUAAAAUGUGUAGUAUUUUCAGUGUCAUAUUUCACUAUUUAGAGUAUGAUUUCCACCUCGAUGUUUUAAUAUUCUAGGCAUCUGGUGUAAUGAUAUUUUAGAAACUGUUUGGAAUUUAAGGAAUAACUUGUAUUACUAAUUUGUAUAAUCUCUACCUGUGCAAUGGAAUAUAAAUAUCACAAAGUUGUUUGACUAAAGGACUGUGUGUUGUUUUUCCCAUAUAAUAAAACCAAAGAGUAAUUUGGUCCUUCA